GGGAGGGGAGAUGUUUUUGAGUAAAUUUUACGCUUCCUUUUGCAGCAAAAUCUUUAUCUUCAAACGUAAAAAUGUCUUACUUAAUGUUAAAACUGAAAUGAUUUCGCAUUAACGAAGUCGCGAAUUCAUAAAGAUAUGAGAUAUGAACAACGAUAAUGAUUACGGAUUACGGUUCACAUUUUACAUUAUUCCUAUCAAUUAAAAUUCAAUUACGAUAUAAAAUUAAAAGUACAAAAAUGUAUUGAAUGGGAAAGACAAUGACUGGAGGAUACGAAUUUAUAUGAACCGGUUUAUUGACCUCGGAAGAAAGCCGAUAAUUGUACGAUACAUCUAGUAUUUUAGCAACAUAAACUGUACUGUAAUCGUGUAACGGUUUACAAGAAAAUUGCCCAAACGUUUGAUUGACUUUUCGUCGUUGAUGAUUGUCCAUUCACCUUUAUUCUCCAGGUGAAAAUUAUGCCCUAUAAAAAGGAAAAAGUUGGUCACAUAGAUCACCAUUCCUUGUGUCCUGUUCCAAGACUGAUCAAGUCUGCAAGCAAAGAUAGCAAUCACCAUAAAAAUGCAAGCGACCAUUUUCUUCCUACUUUCAGUUUCCAUUGCCCUGUCUGCAUCGAAUCCCAUUGCGGAUCCAGGAAAGAUUCUCAAUGAAGGUGACGUGAUUGCUGUUUUCGAUGAAGACGAGCCUGAGCAGCCAGCCGUUUUGUUUGUACAGCAGCAGCAGCAGCCGCUGGACGAAUUCUUCGUGUUGGAAAGUUUUAAUCCUGAUGAGCAACCAAAGAGCGACGAUUGCGAAGGCUGCGACAACCAACAGGCCCAAACGCAAGAGAGAUCUUUCUUUUUCAAAAAAUUUUUCAAACCAGCAGUCGCACGCCCGUCUGUGGGUUUGACUGUUGCCAUCCCGAAACCGCAGACGGUCCGUCUUCCGCCACCCAUCGUCGUGGGAACCGUUUACCAGCCCAUUUCCUUCGUUACGUCACCGAUCGCAACUGGUGGAUUCGCUGCUGCCGGUAGUUCCGGUCAAUUCGUUGGAAAUGCCAUGACCGGUUUAAAAGGAUACCUGCAAGGAUUACUCAAUAGCCAUUUGUCUGCCGGGCAAGUGUCCCAACCUUCUUUAACCCUGACUCCAGGCGCAGGUGGUGGAGUGGUUGACUUGGGCAUUUCGGGACAACAAGGAUUGUUUUCUGCCGGAGCACGACCUACCCAAGUGUCACGACCUAUGAUGGGCAUCUCAGGCUCAACCGGUCUAGGUAAUGUUGGUUUUAACAUGUUGGAACAACAACACGGAUUGCUGCAAGGAUUGUUAACUGGCGGACAUUCUAUCGGACAAAUGCUCCGACCUUCCACAGGCUUAUUGUCGGCCGGCCCUUCAACUGGUCAAGGCAAUGUCGACGUCGGCAUGAUCGGACAACAAGGAUUGUUGCAAGCAUUGUUUGCCGGAGCUCGACCAACCAUGUCGCAAGAGUCCAGACCUCCCACCGGAUUGUUUCCCAGCUCAGGUGGCCAAGGCAACGUCGGAAUCAACAUUCAACAAAGCAUCUUGGGAUCCAACAGCGGUCCUUCUUCUCCGAACGGAUCGGCAUCCGCAUCCGUCCAUGUAUCAGGCGGUCAGCAGCAUCAACCUCAACCUCAGCAGCCUCAACCUGUAUUGGAAACAACAAACAAGCCAUUGAACCCUACUCCAACCCCUUGGUCGGAAGUUAACAUUGAUAAAGUCAUUGACGUCAUGGCUCAAGCAGUUAAAUCUUAAACAGAAAAAAAAAUUUAGAUUGUAGCCAAUAUUCCAUUUAAUUUAUUUUACUUAGUUAAAUUAAAGAUUGUCGAAUAAUACACAGAAUAUUUAAAAAAAAAA